AUGCUUUACAAGGUAUUUACCCUCUUUACGUGAGGCAAGUGAAUGAAUGAUUAAAUGUACAGUAUGUGGUGCUUUAGUAAAUAAUAAUACCUGCAGCAUUGGGCAGGGGGCGACAGGCAACUCAAGCAGCAUUUGCAUCACUGAUAUAUGUCUGUCUCAAAUGCAUUGUAUGUGUUUGGUGAAACUGGGCACCUCUGUGGGACAGAUAAAUAUGACGAGCCCUGCCUAAAGGUGCCUCUGUAGGUAUACUUAGAUCGUGAAGGCAUCCAAACAAGAUAUAUUUGUGUCCAAAGUGCUGGGCUCUGCCUAACAUGCUGUGGUACAGAAUAUUAGUCGGAUUGACUCAAAGAGACUUAAAAAAACACUUAAGAUUGACUUAAAAGAGACAGAAGGGGAAAUGUGUUUUAGACUAACUGAAUAUACAUCAGGACUAACUUUAACUUAAUUUGUAUUGGGUAUGAAAAGUAGCCGCAAUAGCUGCUUUGCUAUGUAUUUCAAUUUAAUUUUAAAUAUGUCCAGAGCAGGCUACUAAAUCUGGCCAUGAUGUUAACUAACCCUGAAGUGCACAGUUCUGGGAGCAAAGGUUGCAGUGUAUUAUCUUGUGGGCUGGAGGCUUGGUGUAAAGAAAAGUGCAUACUUUGUCAAGGGCAAGAUGUGGAAUCCUUGACGCUUCAAUGUCUGUUUGCUAGGCUGGUUGUCUGCCAAAACCCCACCAUACAGGGGGAACCCAUAUUCGUGCAACUUCACAGCUGUUGCCCUUGUCACAGCUGCCACACAGCCUUGUCCUCGGUACUGAGGGAGGGUGUAGCCAUGCGCCAAACUUCCCAUUGGAUCACUAAGGCACCAGGAAACCAGCUGGUCUUCUUUGUCCAGGAGGCAAGCACUAGGGAAGUUGUGGAUCAGGCUGUCCAGAUAGCGUAGGCUCCAAUCAUUGCGCCCAACACUCCAAUUUUCAUUGAGCAGAGCUGAAUGAGAGGAGUUUAGGCUGCCGAAGUGGAAGUGGCCACUUCUGUACCUGAAAUACAAAGAGAGGCAGUGAUUUUCAUGAGACAAAGGUUCUUGAGAGCAGAAGAAGCAGUAAGGCCUACAAGGCCUACACAAUCAUUCAAGCCUAAGCCUGCUAACAGCAAACUGCUAAGUGACUGUGACUCGUGACUCAUCUUGGGUGAAGACUCAUUCUCUCUGUAAAAGUAGCCAGCAUCUCUAUGGGCCUCAGUCAGAGAGCUGUAUGGAUUGUGUAUGGAGUAGUCUGUGAACAGUGCUGUUGUUGUUGCCAUGUAAAGCUGAGGCAGACACAGUGGCUCCAGGACCUCUGUGAAGAGUCAGAUAGCUGCUAUGAGCACUCUGUGUAUGCUCUUUAACUAUGCUGUUUCUGAACAAGUUUAUUUUCUUCAGUAAAGUUUUGUUCUGUUUAUAAAGAAGACUCAGCUACGAUUAAUUUACCGCUGCGCGACAGUGAUGGCGGUUGAGCAGACUGAAAGCUUAAAAAGUAUUUCAUCACCAUCAACUGGAACAAAUGAACAGGAAGUUGCAAGAGAAAGCUCAGGAAGUGACUCUGUGACUUUCUCCUCCUGUUUUGUGGUCAGAACUAAGCCAGGACAUAGCAAUCAGAUGUGGAACUUUGUGUUGGGUUACAAUUCACUGCUUACUGAUUAUGAGGAGGAAUGUUUGAGAAUUCCGAUGAAAAUAGAAGCAGAAAUUGCUGGUGUUCAGCUAGUCAGCCCUUUUCCAGAACAGAAAACAGUCCAAUGAAUACUGAAUAUUUGCUGUUGUUAUUUUCCGUCCACAAAUAAUAUACACUCACUAACCGGCUCUGACAGUAGGCAGAUGGGUCAGGAUGCAGGAAUGUCUGAUAGAAGUAUGGCUUAAGAUUGACACUUCUGGACUCUGCAAUCUCUCUGACAGCUUCAUAUAAGCCAUCUUGGAGCCCUGCACACAAUGAAAACGAGAUGUCAACCUGGGGGUGAGGAAUUAUAUUUUCUAAUGCUCUGUGUCUGCACCUCUCUUGCUAUCGUAUGAUUAUAGUGUUGUGUGCCACCCAGUCUUUGAGCAGUGCGAAAUUCCAGGAUUCUAGGCGCAUACCCAAGGUUGGUGUUUCCUUUGGAAUGAGGUACAGCAGAGACUGUGGUGUCUCUGUGGCAUGUGGUUUAUUUACACAUAUAUACAACCUGAGCAGUAUUCACACCCAAGAGGGACUCACUUCUCCCAUGCUCACAGCCUUCUAUUUAAACAGAAAUCAAACAUUGCUCUCUUUCUCUCUUCCCAGCUUGCUAAUGUGCUUCUAGCUCACAUCACUCCAAUCCUCUGCUCUUAACUCAGCCUUUGCCCUUCAAACUACCCACCCAUUUUCCAUCCCACACAGAGGCACUUCCUUAGUACCUCUCAGUGUCUCAUCACCUUACCAGGAAGCUAGUUUUGCUAUUCCAGGAAUGGAAUAGGUAGAGCAUGAGGAGCUUUACCUUGAAGCUGAAAGGCCUUUCCCCAGUCAAUGGCUUCUGCAUUUUCCAACAGUGUUCGCCAGGCGUCUACAUCCCAGUAGAAAGCAGUAUGAAAGUUGGAGUAGCAAUCCUGCUUGUCUUUCACCACUUGCAGAACGUGGCACAGUCAUUUGGCUAUUGACAGGACGCAGGUAGCGGGGGUUGGUUGGAUCUUAUUAACGAUGGAGAGCAGGAGCAAGAGAAAGGCAAAGGAGGCAGGAACAGGUCCAGCACCACCAUGGAGUGCGUCUCCAAUGGCUUUCCAGCCUCAGAAGCUACCGUCUCUUGUGCUUUUUCUCACAGGUUCAGGUGACGGGUUAUGGGAGAAUUCUCACCUCCUUACGUGGGCGGGUAAGGACAACUUUAAACUCCGGCCAAGAGUCCACCACCACUUCGUGCUGAGCUGGAUUUCUACGGUUGAUGUGCAUCACAGCUCCGUUGGCCUGCCAAGGAAAGGAGGGCAGUUAGCUAGAGCAAAAAUCCAUGUUGCUCCAUGAGAAAAUGGUAGGAAAUGCCAUUUGUUAAAUUGAUGGAGAAAGGGGACGGCAGUAGAGGAGCGAGAAUUACCGGAAGAGCCUGGGGCAGGUGCCGUUGCAGCACAGUCUCAAGCAGCUUCAACUUGGAGGGGCAGGUCAGGAUCUGCAUGGCUGGCCAAAGAGGGGCUGGGGGCUACGUCAGGUUCCAGGAAAGAUAACGUGGGGGGGAAGGAAGCACUUGAAGGGGACGAAACGCAGAAAGAAAUGCAUCAGACCCUUACACUCAGUGCUACCGGACAAUCCACAACCAGAAUGACUUGCCAUUUCUCAUGAAAUCUCUAGUACUCAAAUUACUUCACUAAUUAUGUCUGUAGAUCAGGGAUAUAUGGAGUUGAUUCCUAUUCUGGCUGAGGAGAUCGACAGUGGCUGCCCCUCAUUCAGACAGUCCCCAACUCCACUUUGCAGCUAGUCAAACCAUUUCCUUAUUUUUCUAGCACUGAGGCAGAGCUGAAUUGGUAGGCAAGAAGAUUUGAGUCCCACUUAUUUAGGGGGAUUACAUUGUCCCCUUCCGAGGUCCACAAUGACAGCUGCAGUGCUUACCUGAGGGGACACGUCUGCCUUUGAGAAGAAGGUAGCAGCCUAUUGCUGGGCCACUGGCAUGAUAUGGAAUGCCAUCCUUGUUCAGACAAUUUAUCCAUUUAAGCAUUUUUUUAAAAAAUUCCUGAAGCAAUAAGCCAUUAACAGGCUGGUGCCUUGGCCUUUUUCCCAGUGUCUCAACAGAGAAGGAAGUUUGGCUGCAAAAUGCUUUUGCUUGACUCAGAUGGCCACAAGUCCAGAGAACAUGAGAGAUUCGGCAUAUACUAUGACUUAUGUCCAGGCUUCCAUGCGCCCUUGGCAAGGAGCUGUAUCACCAACUCUGAAGCUGCCCUGCUGGGCGCUCCACCCCUCCAAGCCAGAGUUGAGGGGCGUGAUAUUGACGCCCCCUGGGAGCGGGGGCCAACCUAACCAAUCCCUAGGUAUGCCCCUGCUUACACUAGGCCAAGUCUUCUCAACCCUGCACAGAUCUACUUUGUUUCAAGUUCAGAGCAGGACAGCUAGGUACUCAUUCACCAGGGUCCCUUUCUCAUUUCACUGCAAUGUGGUAAUGGGAUGAGCUCUGACAACAUGCAAAAGUCAGGAUGCCCAACAUCCCCAGUGAGGUAAAAGCUCCCUUUCAAUCUGUUUCAGUAAGAAUCCAAGAAAAUGCACUCCAAGUUAUACACCAGGGGUAUAUAUACAGUGGUACCUCAGGUUAAGUUCUCAAUUUUUUAUGGAGGUCCGUUCUUAACCUGAAACUGUUCUUAACCUGAAGCACCACUUUAGCUAAAGGCCUCCUGCUGCCGCUGUGGUGCUGGAGCCCGAUUUCUGUUUCUCUUAACCUGAAGCACUAUUUCUGGGUUAGCGGAGUGUGUAACCUGAAGGGUAUGUAACCUGAAGCGUAUGUAACCUGAGGUACCACUGUACAGUGGUGCCUCGCAAGAUGAAAUUAAUUCGUUCUGCGAGUUUUUUUGUCUAGCGAAUUUUUCGUCUUGCGAAGCACGAAAUCCCAUAGGAAUGCAUUCAAAUUCAAUUAAUGCGUUCCUAUGGUCAAAAAAAGUCCAAUCAAAGCCAAAUUUGGUACAACAAGAGUUUAUUAAGUGGUCUUGAAAGUCACACAUACUGUAAAGAGCAUUUCAAAAAUUGAAGGAACAAUAAAUUAAGUUUCUAAACAUGACAGAAAAACAUUUAAAAAUCAACAAAGUGUACAGUACAUUUUCUAAGACUCUGGGGGACAACUCGAAGAAGGUUCCUCUUCCACUCUUUGCUUCUUGCUGAAGAACCUGUCCAUGGUCUGCUGCUUCAUCCGCCUUUUCAGCACCUCCCUGAAAGACGACAUGACCCUCGUAUCAAAAGUGUUCGCAAGGUCACGUGUCAGGUCCUUGUCAGGGUGGUGCCGCUGUGCAAAAGUCUGCACAUCUUUCCACUUCUGGCAAAUGUCCCUCAGUUCUUUGGAGACCUGCUGUGGAACGUAGCCCUCCGUCGUCACAACCUCCAGGAACUCCGCUGCAAAGUCUUCAGCCACAGGAACAUCAGAACUGGCAGCCUCUCCAUGCCUGACCACGCUGUGGAUUCCAGAUCUUGUCUUGAACCGGUCAAACCAGCCUCUGCUUGCCUUGAAGACUUCUGGCUCGCCUGAGGUUCCUGGCUGUUCCCGGACGAGGUCUGCGUGCAAGGCCUUGGCCUUCUCACAAAUGAUGGCCUCAGUCACUGUGUCCCCUGCACGCUGCUUCUCUUCUAACCAGAUGAGCAGCAACUUCUCCACCUCCUCCAGAACAGCUGGGCGGUUCUUCACGAUCCUGGUGACUCCCUUGGCUGCAUCAGUCGCAAGGAUCUUCUCCCUCAUCUUCAGGAUGGUCCCGAUGGUCGAUGGAUUCCUCCCGUACUCCCUGGCGAGGUCUGUCACACGCAUUCCACCGUCGUGCUUCUGGAUGAUCUCCUUCUUCAUUUCCAGCGUAACCUUCGCCUUCUUCCCCUCGCCGGCCUCUCCAGCAGCAGUCUUCUUGGGUCCCAUGGCAGCACAGCUCCUACCUUCGCAAACCCGCCCCCCCCAAAAAAAUCAGUGCUUCACAUCCAAAAAAUUCAAAAGCACCCAGCCACCCACCACACAGAAAUUCAAACCCAGAAUUUUUUUUAAAAAAAACAGCAGAGUGGCCCAAUGGUCACAGAAAAUCAUAAAAAUGCAGAAAAAACACACACAAGCUUCCAGAUUCUUGCAAACCCCUCCUCAACACCAAGUCCUUGAAUUCCAAACACCCCAACUCAAAAUCCAAAAACCCCAAAAAAAGUUUUAAAAGUUUAACUUACCAAAUGGCUGCAAAAGAAGUUUUGGAAAAGCUUCAAAAAUCACCAGAGUCUUCAAAAACCUCAAAAAAGGCUACCACACCGCGUGCUAUGAGUUGCUCCUCGAAGUCAAGUCGCAACUGCACCUCUUCAAGCAAUGCACCCUGGGUAUUAAUGGUUUUAAGAAAAAGGAAACAAACUUGCAAGACGUUUUGAUCUUGUGAAGCAAGCCCAUAGGGAAAUUCGUCUUGCGAAGCAGCUCAAAAAACGCGAAACCCUUUUGUCUAGCGAGUUUUUCGUCUUGCGAGGCAUUCGUCUUGCGGGGCACCACUGUAUAUAUCUUCUGUCUUGGUGCCAAAUUUUGAUAAGUCGAUCCAGAGUACACAGUGAGCUGGUUCAUACAUACCGGUAACUUUAAACCACAGUUAAAACUCAACUAUGAUUUAAUGUUCACCUAAGGAUGGAAGCAGACCUGAGUAACAACCAGUCCUUCCCUUUUAGAGAUGAGAAAGCCUUCCGUAGUAGAAGGUGCUUAAGCUGACCUGGCAUGGGAAGAGGUGAUGGAGGGCAUAGCUGAGGAAGAAAGGGUUAACUCUUCCCUCUCCAGAUGCAAUUUCCAAAAUUGCCCCUCUUCUGUUACAACUAGAUUUGGAAACAAAGCAUACUACUGGCCAGAGGCGUAGCGUGGGGGGUGCAGGGGGGGCCGGCCGCACUGGCCGCAACAUCUGGGGGGGGGCGCGCUCGCACUCGCAGCUCUCUGACCCUAGGGCAGAGGGGGUGCAAAUUACUUGCCUUGCUGACAACCCACGCUACGCCACUGCUACUGGCUCCAAUGUAAUUGUUGUGGGAUGAUCUUCCUGGAAAUUGCAGGAAGAUGAAAGGUUAACUCUUCCGCUGGUGCACUCUCCGCAAAGUGCGCCCCUGGUAUUAUUUUUUUUAAAAAACGGAAAAUGCCUUUUUCAAGUGCAAUUGCUGGUGGGACUGCGGGUGGGUAGGGUUUAGAGUGAGUGUGUGGCUGCAGGUCAAAUGUGAGCGGUUGUCAAUGACAUUUUAUCAGGUUUGCAAAUAUGCCCAUGGUCCCAAAAAAGAUUGGCCACCAUUGCCAACCCGUGACUUUUGGGAGAACUCAAAAACAUGCGCAAUAUAUUGUGAUAUUUUGGUUGGCCUAAUGCAGGCAUAUCCAAAGUCUGCUUCGGGGUCUAAUCCGGCCCACCGGUCGGUUUAAUCUGGCCCCUGUGGCAGUUUAUUUCCUGGGGUAAAAUCCUCAAAAAAGCUCAGCAACUUCCACCCUUAAAAAAGCUCAGCAACUUCAAUUCUAAAAAAAAAACCUUUGCAUAUUUAUUUUUUUUGUCUUAAGAAAAUUAUAUAGACAGCAAAACGAAGAAGCCUAAAUUAACAUUGCCUCUUACCAAUAAGAAAUAAUAAUAACUAUUACAAUAAUAAAAAUACUAAAAAUUCAUUUACUUCCCCUUUUAAAUUUCUAUUCUGGUUACCAUAUAUUACUAUUCUAUAAGAAUCUAUUAUAUCCUUUGCUGUCCCAUAUAUUAUUUUACUUCCGGAAUUCAACCUAAGCCUCCCCUCCUCCCCUCUUCUUCCCAUUUUAAUAUUUCCUCCCCCCCUCAGUUGCUUUAAUAAGAUAGAAUAACAUGAAAACUGUAAAAUUAUAAUUACUUCUUUUGUCCUUACACACUUAACAAUUAUUAAAAGUUCUGCUUUAACACCAUAUUUCUUCAUGUAUUUCCCUAUGCAAUCCAUUCUGUAUAACGUUUUUGUUUGGAGCAGCCCCUGAGUCAUUUUUGCCAUCUCUGCAAACUCACAAAUCUUAAUUUGUCAUUCUGUCAGUUGUGGUACUUUUUCUGUUUUCCUAUAUUUUGCCGUAAGUAUUCUUGUGGCUGCAGUUAUAUACAAAAAUAUGUUCCUUUUGUCCUUGGGGAUGUUGUUUGUUAAUAGACUCAAUAAGUAUGACUGCUUUUUUUGAAAUAGAGCUCCUGAGAAUCUCCUCAUUUAUCUCAUUCCAAAAUUGUCUUACCACCUUGCAUCCCCACCAUCAACAACUUUGGUUGGUCCUUAUGGCUCCUCACUUAAUCAAAUCUGGCCCUCUUUGAAAAUUUUGGACACCGCUGGCCUAAUGGUAUUUAUUUAUGUAUUAUUUAUUAAAUUUGUAUACCCCGCCCUUCUUCCAUAGAUCUCAGGGCAUCUCAAAACAUAAAAAUACAACAUAAAAACACAAAAUACAUAAUAAAAGCAAGAACAAACAAACAAAACACAAACACAAACACACAAACCAACCCCCCCCCCAAGUAUUGGAAAUACUAAUAUUUCACUAUUAUAUCAUUAGACCAUUGCUUGGCUGGUUGACCAUUCUUGAUAUAUGGCUUAAGGUGCCUUAUGUGAAAUAUUUUUUAAAACCAAUAUGUUUAAGAGAGGGACAGCAAACUCCAGGAUUGGGGUAGUGAUGGGUUUGUUUCUUUUUCAUUCAGAGAAGGGGAAUAAUGAGAGAAUUCUUAUAUUUAUUAGGAAAGGUCUACAGAGAGUAAACUAAAUGUAAAAAACAAUUGGAGAAAAAAACUUUGCAUCCAACCCAUGAGGAUUUCUCUAAAUGUUUUCUCCUUUUUUUGCAAUUUUUGAAUGCAAUUUCUUUUUUCAUUAAUGGAGAAUGGAAAAAAAUGCAGUAUAAUUUUUCAUUAAAGCACUAGUUCUCACUCUUGUUCUUUUAUUUUUAAGUUGCUUUGGGUUGCCCUGUGUAAGAUAAAGUGACUAAGAAAUUCAGUAAAUAAUAAUAAUAAUAAUAAUAAUAAUAAUAAUAAUAAUAAUUAUUUAAGGAAACAUAAAAAUAAAAGACACCUGUAUGCUGUUUGUAAUUGUUGUUCUGUGAAACACUCACUACAUUUAUCUGUAGAAAUGAACUCCUGCUCCAGGCUGUCCCCCUAAGUCCAAGAUUUUUAAAUGAACCAGAAUUUGACCCAGAACCCGCACUCACGUUUGAAACACAAAUUCCAAACCCUGGCACAGGAUCGCAAAAUCCUCAUACCUUCUACUGCAACCAAAAGACACUUUUUUGAAGCCUAGCAGCAUGGAGGAAAUUUUCAAUAGGGUGCAGCUAACGUGUGUGUGUGGGGGGGGGGUUAAUGCUUCCCAGUUAUGACUCCUGAACUCAUCCUUUGCUUAAUGCAAUUGAUUUUGAAAGAAGCCAGUAGAAGCUUCCUUAUCUCUGAAAGCUGUUACUCAGGUCUGCUUCCACUCUUAGGAACCAUAACUGUGGUUUAAAGUUAUGUGUGAACCAGUUCACUGUGUAUUCUACAUUAAUUUAUCAGUAUUUGCCACUGUUGAAGAACCAGGCAAAACAUAUUUGGCAACUUAAACUGUUGCUUAUGCACAGCAGCUUGCAAAGCUAUGCAUUUUUCUGUUUUCCAAUCAACUUUGUAUUUUAUUAUUCUGCUCAAAAGUUAUAUGCUAUGCACAACAAUAUAUUGAGCAAAAUUUGCAAUGGGUAAACUAAAGUUCCCAGGAUUCUUGGUAUGUGUGAAUAGGCUUUAAAUGUUGGUGUGUCUACACAGCCUGAAAUUAGGGAUUUAUUUUCAACACAGGUGCAAGAAGGCACAGCUCCUGAGCUUAUAGGAGUGCUCAGUGCUCUAGAUAGACAAGAAAAACAUGGUCUUAUAUGAGCUACUGAUGCUCCACCAUGCUUUCAGCUACUCAGUUGUGUCUUCCUGUUGAUAAAAGCAGAUUAGGAAUGAGAAACCAAAGCUGAACACCCACCCACUAUGUGUGUCUUGUCCAGCUUGGUGUGUCUAAGGGGUGCUUUGCUUCGGGGAGUGAGAGAUGGUGGUGUUAUGUAUAUGUUAUACUGAAUGGUUCACUCCACAAAAUUGUUUCUUGGGUUGCAGCCGCGGGCCCAGUGGGAUGUGAUCCGGAUGAUACAGAGUAAUCGGCCGAUUCUCCGAAUGAAAGAGAGGCGAGUCUGCUUCCAUAGAACGGGAGAUGAGUGCUUGCUUCAGGGGGAGCUUCUGCCGGCUGCAAGCCUCUCCCACCAGGUGGUGCUGAAGGAGAUCGCGGAGGAGCAGGGAUCGAGGGAGAGGACCACCGCCGCUGGAGAAGAGGAAACUGCUCUCUAGUUCGGUGACUUUGGGAAAAACUGUCUCCAGGUAAAGCAUUUAUUUUCUGCUCAGGUUCCCCACUCCUUGCCCAAACAGCGGCUAAGCUAGCGCAGCAGGCAAGUUGCUAUGGCGGCGUUUCCACGUUUGGACGCCCAGCUCCUUUCUUGGUCCGUCUCCGGAUCAGCGUUUUGGCCCGGGCAUGUCCCGCUUCCCCCGCUGCCGCCGCCUUGAACGCAAAGCGAAAGCAGCGCUGCCAUUGGUCGAUCCGUGCAAAAACAACAGGGGCUGCGGGGAGACCCAGAGCGGCUCCGAGGGAGAGGGGGAAUCGGGAGCGGUUAGUGCCAGCAGCUCUCACCCCGCAGUCCUGGCAUCGCCCCCAAGAGACAUUGUGGGGGAGCACCGACAGCCCCCGGCGCAGCUCCUGGUAAGGACGCAGCUGCUUCUAGAGAUCUCGCGGAGCCGUUUUUCCGGGGUGACAGGAGGAGAGAGACCCUCUCUGCCCUUCCGCGUUUGGGCAUUAGGGGAGGGAACUCGAGGAGGCGACUCGAAAAGGCCGCGGGGAUCGUCUGGAAGGGAAGGGGCCAAAAUCUGGAACGCGGCUGCUAUAGAAGGAACAAGAGGGAUCUAUCUGUUCAGGGGGGUGAGAGGGAGGGGAUCAUUUUGAUCCCCAUUGGUUAGAGCAGGAACCGGGGAAUCUGUUCUCGAGGUCUGAAUGAGGAGAGGGCCGAGUCGUGCAUUGCUUUGAUGGCUUCAGGAGGAAGCAGAGUCCAGGAUGGGGACCGCAAGGGAUUCUGUCGCACUUCUUGACAGAGGAAUAGCCUCCCGCUCAGGGAAAGGACUUUGCCCUGCCUUGGAGUCGGGCUGAGAAUUUUCAGUGUCAACACACGGUCCUGGAAAAUGCAAAGGCAUUUAUAAAGAGUGUAGGAUCUCUGACCAUGCACAGAAUAUACUUCCUUCUCCUUUACAUAAACUUAGGCUCUUUAAUGUGUUUGGAGGCAAAGAACUUCCACAUGGGAGAAGGCCAUCAGCUAGGAGAGUCCAAACACCUUUUUGCAGGGUUUUUUCUCCCAGAAAUAAAGUCGUUUUGACUGGUAGCUGGUAUUAGGACAGUAGGUUUGGAGAUUGAAGGUCCUAGUCAGCAGCUUGUCUAACAGUCUCUGCUUCUCCUCAGCUCCUUGUUUAGAGCAACCUGUUAAUGCUCUGUGAGCGUUGCCACAUGGAACCAUGGGCAGGAAACGGCUAAUCACAGACUCCUUCCAAGUGGUGAAGAAGAGGAAAAGAGACAGUAAGGAAACAAAGAAGGCUCAGAGCCCACUCCAUGGUGAGUAUUGCUAGGAAGGGAUGCGUGAAUUUCAGCAGCACCUGGUGCGACACCAAAAUUAAGCGCCCCUCACCUCUCUUGCUUCAUUUUAAAUCAUACUUUCAGCGUUCCCUGUGGCACCCCCAAGUCUCCGUGCCCAGUGCAACCGAUUUGGUCAUGCUCCCGUAAAUCCUUUUUCUUCUUUGGCGUAGCCGAGUAAGAUUGUCUUCCAUGAACACAAUCUAAACAGUGAGUCCGUAAGUGACUGUGAGGCCAAUUCUGGAUCCACACAUCCUUCCACAAUGGAAACAUAGGUUUCUAGGCGGGAGUUGAUCAUGGUGAGGGUUUGCCAAAUGUGUCUUCCUCUUACUGUGUUUCUCCCUUUCAUCCUGAAUUCAAGCAUCUUCAAAGUCCAUGACACCUUUGGUAAAGGCUGUUCUCCAAUUGGAGCACUCACAGGCCAGUGUUUCCCAAUUGUCAGUUUUUAUACUACGUUUUUAAAAAAUUGCCUUGAGGGUGUCUUUAAACCUCUUUUUUUGAUCACCAGCAUUACACUUUCCAUUUUAAGUUCGGAAUGGAGUAGUUGCUUUGGAAGACGAUAAUCAGGCGUCCGCACAUGACCAGUCCAAUGCAGUUGAUGCUGAAGAAUCAUUGCUUCAGCACUGGUGAUCUUUGCUUCUUCCAGUACACCGGCAUUAGUUCACCUGUCUUCCCAAGUGAUGUGUCAAAUUUUUUGGAGAUACUGUUACCAUUUGCCGAUCGCCAUGGGAGUUUUAUGGGUUUGUGUUUGGUAUGGGUUUUUGGAAGAUGCUUGUGCGUGAAUUUGUUUCACGUGUGUAGAUCAGUGCACGCUGACCAAAGCACAGUCUUCGCAGUAAGGCUCUAUCUUAUCUGCUGCAGCCUUCAUCCGCCUUCACAGCCGAUGUAACUUGCCACUUGUUAUCUGCCGCCUGCUCUGUUGUUGAGGACUUCUUGGAUCAUUCUUUGUCUAGCUCCUCCCCUUUGACCUUGCCACCUUGGGUGACCUUGUUGGGAGUACGAGACUCCCGACGGCUUCACUCACAAGGGUCAUAGGCAUGUGCAAGCCCACUCACCACGACAAGGUGAUACCUCUGCUACCAAUAGGUAGAUAAUCUGAACGGGGGGGGGGGGAGGGUGAAAAUCCAGCAGCUUUAGGUGGGGAGUAGAUGGAUGCCCAUUGGAGUGGCCCUUGAGAUUUGCAAGACAUCAGUUCUUGCAAACUCUUUCCCUGCAUGGUCUUGCUUUGGUCGUCUCCUAGGUUGUUUGUUGGAUCUGCACAUAACUCAAUACCACGGUUAUGCAAGUAAGGGUUAAUCAGUAAUAGACUUGCCACUUGCUUAGCUAGCAAGUUGCUAUAGGACAGUGGUGAUGAAUUAUUGCACAGGAUUGCUGUGAAAGUGAAGUAUUUGAAAAAUCAUUUAGCAGAAAGUAAAAGGCACGCGAGUGGCGCUGUGGGUUAAACCACAGAGCCUAGGACUUGCCGAUCAGAAGUUCGGCGGUUCGAAUCCCGCGACGGGGUGAUCUCCCGUUGCUCGGUCUCUGCUCUUGCCAACCUAGCAGUUCAAAAGCACGUCAAACUGCAAGUAGAUAAAUAGGUACUGCUCCAGCGGAAAGGUAAAUGGCGUUUCCGUGCGCUGCUCUGGUUCACCAGAAGCGGCUUAGUCAUGCUGGCCACACGCCGGCUCCCUCAGCCAAUAAAGCGAGAUGAGCGCUGCAACCCCAGAGUCGGUCACGACUGGACCUAAUGUUCAGGGGGCCCUUUACCUUUACCUUAAAAUUAUAUGAAACAUAUACCGGUAUUCCCAGAAGGUGGGGAACCCUCUACAGAAGAGGAGCAUUCUCAAUGAGCAAUGGAUUAAUUAUGUUAGUGUUGUUUCCUUCAGUCAGCACUUGUUGUGUGUGUUCAUAUUUACAUGAGAUCGAAGUGCGGGUGAAGAGAUGCCAAAAAAUCACAGGCAAAGUUAUACGGGUUGUAGAGCAAGCCAGAGAUAACUAAUGUAAUGGUGUUGGCUAAAGAAUUAUGUUAACCCUUUCCUGCACAGUCAUUUCAUACAAGGGCUCUCCAUAAUGCAGUGAUAAUCAUCCAUUUCUCUCUGAUCAGACGCAGUGACAGUCCAGGCAGUCCAAGAUGCUGCACAUCCAGACCAGCUGGAGACACUAAAGCAAUUUGACCUCAGCUGGCAGUACGGCCCCUGUGCAGGUAAGAACUUCCAAUCAUGCUGCUACUACAACUGAGCUAAAGUACACAUCACUACAAUGAAAGCAUAGGUUUUCCCUGCCUCCCUCCAUGCACAAUUUUAGAUAUACCUCCAUGGGGCAGGGACCAGUCUCCCUAUGCUCUGUUAAAGUGUUACAUUAUAAUUAGUGGCAGCAUACCAGGAAAAGGGGUCUCCUAGUUAAUUCUCAAGUUCAUCUAGCGGCAGUAGACUUGCAAGGAAGGUGGUUGAAGAUCGCUGGUGUUGAAGAGGCCACUUUGAGAGACCUUUUUUUCCCUGACAGGAAUCACCCGUUUGCAGCGCUGGGAGAGGGCAGAGUUACUGGGUCUCAACCCCCCUGCUAUGGUGCGGGAAUUGCUAGAGAAGCACAACAAGGACCCUCUCGUUACAUACAGGUUAGUAUAGAAAAGCUGCUCUGUCCUUCUCAGGCACUGGAUGGAAGCAUCUAUUCUAGGAUAAUGAGAUCUGGAAGAGGAAGACUAUUGAGGUUGGGCUUGGUGGUGCAAGGCCAUGGCAGUGCUAAGCAGAUCACAUGAUAAUUUGGCUAAGCUCUGGGCAUCUUUUAUUCACAACUGUAUGAAUGAGGAGUAACCGUAUCACAAGAGGUAAUACACAAAAUGAACUGGGCAAAUGGAAGUAUGAGCUCAGCAAAGGUCAAGUAAAAUCCAGAACUCACCUAUCAGGGAUUAGAAAGGGAUAAGUAGCCAAGAACAAGCAGUUCUCCUUUAUUUGCAGCUUCCGCCAGGGUGUUUGGUAGACUGUCCUGGCCAUUUCAUGGUAGGAAGUCCUAGUGGCCAAGACUGUCAUGAAGCAGAGGCGCUUACGAAGUUGACAUUUGGCAGUCAGCUUGCAUGUUGUGUGAGAACCUUGCCGAAGAAUGAGAUUUUUGCUUCACCUUUGCUGUACUUCCAACCCACAGCAUUUACUACGACUCCAUUUGAAGCACUGAAGCCUUAGUAUGUAUUUACAGUUUACUUGCUUUAGUAAGCACCGAGUAGCUUACAUGGGGCUUCCUUGUCUCGCAUCCAGACAUGACUUUGGUCCAUCAUUCUUAUGCUCACUAGAGUCUCCGAAAGCAGCUCAGGGCGCAACUUUAAGGGGGCAAUGAAAAUUUUAAAGGGUUAAAAAGGCUUACAUGUAAGAAAUGUGGACACAUUCAGUAGCAGGUAUUCCCACUUAUCCUUUCCGCCACUUCCUUCCUAUGUAUUCCUUUUCCCACUCGCCACCUUCUCUCUGGCCAAUGACUUCCUAGAAUUGAAAGCUGAGAGCUGCGGCCUCCCCACAGAUCAUUUGCUUAUACUGACUGUAAAACAUGCACCAUUGCUGCUGUUGUGCUGCCCAUGCCUGCUGUUUGGCACAGUAGGUGGAGGAGGCAUGUAAGAUGCCAAGUCAGGAUUCUUUCAGGCAGUAACCAUGUUCCAUAUGCUUCCCUUGCAGCCUGUGGCAUGGAUAUUGCCUCUGA